AUGGCGGUUGGAGAAGUUGUGCACGACGGGGAGGACGCCGAGGGCCUCGUAUUUGCGCACGAGCACGUCCAGAAGCGUUGCGGUCUGGCGGAAGAGCAUGAUGGCCACGUCGCGGAGCACCGCGAGGGUGUCUGCGUCGAAGCCCAGGAGGAAAGGCCCCACGACAGGCGGCGCUGUGUUUUCGUCGCCGGAGGAGGCAUGCGCCCCCCGGCCUGCCAGGGAGAGCAACGUGCGGAGGUGGCUGCUGGCGGCCGGCACGCCCAACAUGGAGCAGGCCAAGAGGUUGGCUGCCACGGCCACCACCAGGGUCGGCACCGAGAGGAAAAAGCGGUCGUACAAGGACAACUCGCAGAAAAAACGGCCCACGGCGGCCACGGCCGAGACCGUCAGGUGCGGCAGCAGCGCCUGGGCCGGGCGCGAGUACUUGCAGGGCGUCAGCUGGUCCAGCACGCCGGAGUCGGCUAUGGCCAUCUGCAAGCAGUCCUCCAAGGACGGGUGCGAGAGCAGCCACUCGAGCGUGGACAAGAUGUGGAACUCCAUCUGCAAGAACAUCUCCUCGUCGUAGGCGUGGCGGCACAUGACCGCCAACUCUCUUAG